CCAGCAGCUCUCUUUAGUUCAGGCCCCAGAGCCGGCAAAGCCAUCCAUGCAGCUAGCUGGAAGAAGCUGGGGAGAGGGAGCACGUGGAUUGUUUGGCUUUGAGGACGGCUACCCGCUUGGGCGGAUCGUGACCCAGCGGCCCCGGAUCGAUCCGGGUAUGACCGACCAUGACACGAACUCCGGGUCCCAUAUCCCGGCAUUGUUGCGCAAGUUUGAGCGCCACGGGUUUCGCCACGUCUACUCGCCCCAUGAUCGGACUUGGCAGCGAAAGUACUUCAAGAACCUGUCCAAAGAAGACAUCUGUCGGGAAAUCCGCAUUCCGUGCACGCCCCACAAUUUUCAGGCCAUUCAAAACUUUUGGAAACACAGUCGCCACAGUUGGUUGAGUCUUCAUCCCGAAGAGCGGAACCACCCGCCCGAUGCCCGGGCCGCCCGGGCCGCCCGGGCCGCCCGGGCCGGGAAAAAGGAAAAGAAACCAGGGAAAAAAAGCCAUAAAGGGGCCGCCAGGGCCAAAGGUCGACCGCUUCAGCCUCAAACCGUUAAUCCAAGUCCACUCGCGGCCUUGAGUGACCCACCGCUUCAAAAGCAGGCCCACCCACGGAAAACCCGAUCGCUAUCACCGCCUCGAGAACAAGUCGGCCCUUCGUCCUUCGACCAUGCCCAGCCAGCCCCUUGGGCCCCACAGGGUCUAGACUGGGGCGGGUAUCCCUGGCUGCCCCCCUUAGCCGCUCACCACGAAUUCCCGGACGCUCGGCGUGCCUAUCCAGACCCGACGCCCUUUAUGUCGAUCCCACCCUAUGCCAGCUAUGGCUACUCGCGACCCCCAGCCUAUGGCCUCGGUCACAAUCCAUACCACGUGUCCAAUCGCCAUGCUAAGAAGAGAGACCGUGAUGAAAUUCGCGAACAGUCCGUGGCCCUCUCCAAAGCACGUGAAGACGUAGAAAAGGAAAUUGAUUUGAUGUUGGAAAAGCAAAAGACGAUGAGUAAAGUUCAAAAGCUCAAGGAUCGGUUGCGUGACAAAACGGCUAGUUUGCCCACCGCUUCCAGUGAUCUCAACCAUGAACCGGAGGAGGCCAAUGUUCCAAGCUCGCGGGACGAUGUGGCCCAUGGUCCGGGUUCGAACUGGCAUUUGAAUGCCGAUAUUCAACUCAGCAGUGAAGAUUAUCGUCUUGUUGGAGCCGGUGUUGUUCCAACCACUACCUCUGAUGUUCCCGAUCCCGUGUUGGAGAAUCCGACUUCGGUGGCAAUUUACUCAAAGACGACCGAGGAGUCAGACAAAACCAUAGGAGAAGCCAAUCCCCAGCCUCGAAUCGCCAAUGCUCCCCAAUGGAAAGAAGUGGGUUGGUGGCAAGAGAGGGCCAGGAAGGCUCGAUUGGUGUCCGAAACUCGUGAAAUUGAAGGUAGCCACAUACCUAUUCGGAAAAGGUUGACAACCUUCUCUCCCGCUGAACACCCACCUCCUACUCGUGCCAUGUCUGAUGAAGACCGAUCAAAGUAUGAGAGUAUGGUGUGGCGUCUUAAUCAAACCAUGGUGAAGAGUAAACAAUCUGAUCUGAGUGAAUUCGUGGACUGUCCCACGUCCAUGAAACGCGUUCUGAUGUCCAAAUUGUUCAACGAGCAUCGUAGUAGCAUUUCUCAAAGGCUUGAUAAGCUUAGGUUCAACGGCAAAACUUACCAGUCUGACAACGAUUUAGAACUGAUCAAGGACCUGGAAGAAACUGCUUUGGAAUUGGAGGAAGUGGACUUAGAGGCUCUACCGGAUAGCUUUGUGCAACAAAUCGAGCAAUUUAUUAUCCAAGAGAAAUUUGCCGUAUCUCAACCUGAGGCAACUGCUAAUAAUCGUGAUAACCUUGAAGAGCCCGAUGAGGAGAUUGUUGAGGUACCCAUUCCUCCCAAACCGCCUGUUCUUCUAAUUGAUCUAGAUACAGACGCAGUUGCCCCCUCGCCAAAUCAAGUAAAUAUUCGAAGAGAAGGGGAAAGUAUUAAAACGUCUGGUUAUUGUUCCCAGGAGAAGCAACGUGAUGUGACGGUACCUAAGGGGAAUGAACAAAACUCGGGGGUUUCUCCACAAAUUUCUAUGAAUGCAAAUAGUCCAUUAGAUGAUCUUCUGCGAAUCCAUCUUGAAGAAGAAACGCUAUUACUUCAGAAUCGGAGGCUUUGCGAUGAAUUGCGCAAGAAUAAUGACCAACUCCAAUAUCUUCGUGAAUUGCGAAUGAUUCGCUUGGCUUCCGAAAGAAACUGAUACGGGUUCCCGUGAAACCAUUAGUCAAAUGGAUGGAUGUUCCAAUCAAGGAGCCAUUCCGGUCUUCCAAUAAAAAUGUAUAUGACAGUUGAGGGACAAUAUAUGCUUUUUU